AUGCUCAAAAAACUGCCCUGGGGUUUCCACUGGCGCUCAUCCAAGUACUUUAUUUUGACGGUAGUGAUCAUCAGUCUCUUCCUAGACUUGUUUCUGUAUGGCCUUAUUGUCCCCGUGCUGCCAUUUAUCCUUCACGACAGACUCCAUCUCCCGCCAGACCGUCUCCAGAUUGCAGCAAGCAUCCUCCUGGCCUCCCACGCGGUCGCCACCUUCUUGACUGCCCCGCUGAUCGGGCUUUCUAUCGACGGCUCCCUCUCAAGGAGGCAUGGAUUCCUGCUGGGGCUCGUCGUCACUCUAGGCGCAACCGUCUUUCUGUGUUUUGGAAACAGCUUAUGGCAGCUGAUCAUAGCCCGACUCCUCCAAGGCGCCAGUGCUGCUAUCGUCUGGAUUGUCGGUUUGGCCAUCGUUACCGACACUGUGCCGCCGGAUCACCUGGGGAAAGCACUGGGCACAGUUUACAGUGCCACAACACUGGGCGCAUUGUUAUCUCCAACCAUCGGUGGCUUGGUCUACACCAAAUUCGGAUACUAUCCCGUCUAUUAUCUCGCGGGGGCACUGUUAUCAAUUGACAUCGUGCUCCGGAUAUUGGUGAUUGACAAAGAAGAAGCGGUCAAUUUCAUCGACUCUCCGGCGGGAAUUGCACAACUUCCGUCGAUAGAAGCCGACGAACGAUCGCUGUUGCUUGGCUCAAACGAAAACCGCCGGCCGGAGCCAGUUCCCCCGGGGGACAUCCAGGACGAAGAAGAAAGAGGCCGUUCCAAGUCAAGUGCGCUUCAACCUAGCACUUCCCCAAAACACUGUUGCCCAAUCAUCACCAUUCUAGCCGACCCCCGAUUACUGGCCGCCACCUUUGUCACCUUCACCCACGCCUGUCUUGUGGGCAUGUUCAACGCGACUCUGCCCAUCCAUGUCCAAACAGUAUUCGGAAUGUCCUCGCUCGAAUCCGGCCUGCUAUUUAUAGCCAUAGAGCUACCCUACGUCUUCUGUGGCCCAGCCAUUGGAUGGUAUGUGGAUUACGCCGGACCUCGAGGCCCUGCGAGCAUGGGCUCGCUCUUGCUGGUCCCCUCCUUACUGCUCUUGCGCGUCCCCAAAGCGAUCCAGGACCUUCCGCUCUUGGUCAUCCUUUUGGCUCUCAACGGAACCGGCCUCUCUGCGGCCAGCUCCUCGGCCUUUGUCCAAGCCAACAAGAUCGGCCGAGAACGUCACUUGGAGAAUCCCGUUCUCUUCGGGAGCAAAGGUCCCUACGGCCAGCUCUACGCGCUCAACAACAUCUUAUACAGCCUGGGUAUGACCGUAGGACCCUUAGCAGCUGGUGCCCUCAGCAGUCGCUUCGGUUAUGGGAAUGCUAUGGCCGUCAUGUCUUGCCAGGCAUUGUUGGCAGCUAUUAUCUCACGCGCAUGGAUGGAAAGAUGA